CCUUCCAUCUAAACCCACAGCAAACAACAGAAUCGGAUCUUCAUCAAAUCUCUGUGAAACCCACAGCAAACAUCUAAAUCCUCCAUCUAAACUAAAUUUUCUCAGUAGAAGCUAGAAGAUAUUAGAACCUUCCAUCUAAAUACACAUCAGUCACUUUGGUUUACCUUUGGGUUUUAGGGUUAACUGUGAAGCUACGUUUCAAGGUUUCAAUGGCUGGAAGGGGUGGGAUGAGAUCUAGUCUUCACGCGCUCAAUGCGGUGAUGUUUGAUUGCAACAAGAAACUAGCUAAGAACGACCUUUUGGAGGUGGAAAAGCACCUGGCUAGAACUCCAUUUUGGAGUAUUAUAAAAAAAUGCCAGCUGCUCACCCAGGCACAGUGUCGUAAAAAAGACUCGGAUUUUCAGCUGAUGAUUGGGCUAUACAAGGAGGAGGAGAGAGGUUUCCUGUUUCCUAAUGGAUCCUUGCAUAGGAUCAAGGAGCAGCAGGUGGUCGAUAUCCUCGGGCUGAACCUGGAAGGGGAGAUAUAUAACCUCAGUUCUCACUCCACUAGACUAGGAAACAACUUGUUGAUCGAUGAUUGCUUUCCUAAUGAGAAGAGUCUGCAUGUAGCAGAGGUGAAGUCUGCCCUUACUAAUGCUUUGGAGACAGAUCCCGUAAAUCACUAUAGGAUUGCCUGUCUUAUAGUGAUGUUUCUGUUUGCGACGUUUUUUUUUCUGUGAAACGGGAUCCGGUUUGAAGUGGAGUUUAGUUGCAGCAUGUACUGACUUGGAAGAAAUGUCAAAAUAUUCUUGGGGGAAAAUGACAUUAGACUAUUUGCUUGCUCAUCUAGGCAAGCACGCGAAGGACAAGGACACUAAGGACAUGGGCACGAAGAGUGAAACCCAGAAGGUCGUUGUAUCUGGAUGUAUGCCCCUAGUCAUGUAUUGGUUGGCUGACCAAAUACAAAUUCAGGAUGCUGCUAUUGCGAAACAUAAAGAUGAAACACCAACUUUUGUGAGAUGUCAGUUCAACAAGCUGCAUUUAGACAAGCUAACUAAUGAGCAGAUAGAGAGAAUGUUUCCCCACAUAACAGAAGAUGUGUCUGAGGCUGCACCGCCAGAGAAGAGCUUAGAAGCAGAGUUGGCAAAGCUGAGUAUUGAAACGGUACAAAAAAAUGACGAGACCAAUCUGGUUGGUGGAGUAGACAACCAGGUCUUGGACAAUCUCAGAAAUAAGAUAGAGCAUGCUACUGAGGAGUUGAAAGGAUUGAAUGAAACUAUACUGAAGAAAACCAUAUCCGCAUGUGACAAAACGAAAGAAAAUAAGAUUGUUUCACUUGAGCGAGAGAACAAAGUUCUUAAAACGAUGCUCGAAGGAGCUAAUCAAGAAUUAGAACUUUUGAGGUCAACCCUUGAGGACAUGAGUAAAGAGAAGGAAUUCCUAAAGACCCUGGCUGCAACGGCAGAAAGUUGGAAGUUUUGGGAUAACAAUUUGUAUACUGUUAUAACCUAAUGGAGAUCAAAGUUUGAGGGAAGGCAUUGCAUUGCAUAUGAGAGGUGGCUAAGGCAAUUCUCUGUUGCUUAAGAAUGGUUCUGUAACUGUACUU